CUAUCUGACGGUCAGCUGCGGCCACACUAUUACCGUGCGACAGAUUUCAUAAUUCUCAAAUCGGCGAGGAAAGCACGAAAAAAAGGCCGUUUAGCAGCGUUUAUAAUGUCGGCGUCGGAGCAGGGACCUAAAAUCAAGUACGGGGAAAGCGCUCCGAAGCUAGACAAGGCGCAGUUGCAGUUCAUGAAGCUGAUCGAGGAGCAGAACCUGGACCGCGUGCAAAAGCUAAAGCGCAUCCGCCGCAACAAUCUACUGACCGCCGGCGCUUUGGGUGUCUCCGUUUUGGCCAUCUACGGCUACUCCAUUUUUUCGGUGCAACAGGAGAAGUUCCUGGACGACUUCGAGGAGCCCAAGAAGGUGUCUUCCUAGCUACUGUCCGCGUUAGUUAUCCCUAGUUCGUAAGCGUUUUCUUCACUUUACAACAGUUUUACACUUUUUGAAGUCGUUGCACAACAGGAUGGCCCAACCCAGUGCCCGUGUGCUCCAAAGCGGCAUGCGCCUGCCUCCAAUGCCCACAAUUCGGGAGCUGGUGAAGCUAUACAGACUACAGGCCAGGAAACAGCUUAGCCAGAACUUCCUCAUGGACGAGCGGCUCACGGACAAGAUAGUCAAGUCGGCGGGACGCAUCGAUCCCCGGGAUUUAGUUCUUGAGGUGGGUCCCGGGCCGGGCGGUAUCACGCGCUCGAUUCUGCGUCGUCACCCACAGCGAUUGUUGCUUGUGGAGAAGGAUCCGCGCUUCGGCGAAACACUGCAGUUGCUCAAGGAAUGCGCCAGUCCACUAAACAUCCAGUUCGACAUCCACUAUGAUGACAUCCUGCGCUUCAACAUUGAGCAGCACAUCCCGGACACCUCACAGCGGAUCCAUCUGAUUGGCAACCUGCCGUUCGCCAUAUCCACUCGACUGUUGAUCAAUUGGCUUGAUGAUUUGGCCGCCAGGCGUGGUGCUUUCCGGCGCAUCGACACCUGUAUGACUCUUACCUUCCAGCAAGAGGUGGCCGAGCGAAUUUGUGCCCCUGUAGGCGGCGAACAGCGCUGCCGGCUCUCGGUGAUGUCGCAGGUGUGGACGGAACCCGUCAUGAAGUUCACCAUACCGGGCAAGGCGUUCGUUCCGAAACCACAGGUGGAUGUGGGCGUCGUCAAGCUAAUUCCCCUAAAGCGCCCUAAGACUCAAUUGCCGUUUCACCUAGUUGAGCGCGUAGUCCGUCACAUCUUUAGCAUGCGCCAGAAGUACUGUCGCCGAGGCUAUGGCACCCUGCUUCCUCCAGAAGAUCGCGAGGAGGUUGCUGAGAAGCUAUUUCAGCGCGCCGAAGUACAGGACACGCUGCGUCCCUUUGAACUAACUGUGGAGCAGUGCCUGAGGUUGGCGGAAGUCUAUUCGGAGCAUCUGGUGACGCGACCCGAGGUGGCUGCCUAUGAUUACCGGGCGCCCAAGAAUGUAGAGGUCCUUUAAAGCAACGAUUUCACUCCUGUUUAUAAAUAUGGUAAAAUGUAUUUAAUUAGUUGAGUAAACACAAGACUCUAAAAGCUGU